AUGGACACGUCAAUUGAUCGGAGAGACGAAUCAUUCAGCGAGUCUCCGUCUCUUAAUGACGAUCUGUUGCCGUCGUCAUCGGCUGUGAACACUCCCACCCACAGGAGAUUACUUUCCAGCUCGACUCUAUCGUCGUUUCGUCCCAGUUUUGACGAUAGCUCCAUCUCAUUAGGCAUCAACAGAUUAAGUUCCCAAUCGAUAAGCCCACUGGGCCAGAACUCAAUUUACGAGCUGGUUCAAGGUGCUGAAAGAUCAAAGAGACAUCUCCGCACUAUAUCGGUGAAUGGUGGAACCACCACUGUUCAUUUGAAGGGACCAUCAAUUAACGAUAUCCCCGCUGUCAAGCUGCCUAAAAUAACUAAGGCCAACCCAAAUUCUUAUAAACCAUACUUAGAGUCCCUCAAAGACUAUUUCAAUGAAUACGAAUCAAACAAUCAAUUAACUGAGAAGACUCUUGAAACAUAUCUGAAGCAAGUUGAUGAGGAGGAUCAACUUGCCAAUGAUAUCCAUCAAAGUGCUGCUGAUGCUUCAUUACAGGACAUUCCGAGUGUCUACUUUCAAGAAGAUUUUCGCCUAGAUAACCCAAGAGUUUUUGAAACCGUGGUUGAAGGAUCCCAUAUCUCUCUUCAAGAUGGCUCAUCCAAAUCAUUAGCAAACAACAACCUUCUCCAAGAGAAAUUAUCUUGGUAUUUAGAUACAGUGGAGGUACACCUGAUAAAUGAAAUUUCCAAGUCAUCUGGUUCAUUUUUUACGGCUUUAGAUGACCUUAACAAAAUUACUACAGGUAGUAAAGUUACGGCCAAAGGUUUACUUGCCCUACAGGAAAGGGUGGACCUUCUUGAUGAACAACAGGCUAAAAAAGCAAUUAACAUUCUUCAGAAAAUACAAAAGAGGAUAAACACUGAGAUAUUGGAACAAUCCCUACUUCAAGUGCAGACAAUUUUACAGCAAGCUGAUUUGGCCGAAGCAACAUAUUUGAAUGGAAAUUAUGAGAAGGCUCUUGACCAGAUUGAUUCUAUUCGCUGUCUUAUAAAAGGUGACACGUCCAAAUCUUUACUAGCUCAAUCAGUUGUGUCCAAAUGGCCUUACCCGUUGCAGAAUCUCACUGAACUCCCAGCCUUAUCUAGUCUCAAACAUUUGCUAAAGAACCUGGAAUCUGAAAUCGGUAGGACUUAUUGCAAAAUGUUUGUAGACUUUUUGAUCGAAGAUCUGAGAAAUCAUUAUGAUCACGUUUCGAAACAUGAUACUUUGUACCGACUAUCAUCAAAUCUUCAACGGGAUAACAGAAGAUUCACUUACAUAAAAUUAGACAAAGAAAUCAACAAUUCAUUCCAAGAUGUUAAUGCCCUUUUCAAGGAGAAACUAUCUCAUUUUAUGAAAGAACUCUCAAGAUGCGGAGAGUUGACUAAUGCUUUUGGCCGUUAUGAACAACAGCUACUGGUGGAGGUCAAGAGUAUAGUAAGAUCAUUUUUGCCAGAAGAAGAUUCCCGAACCUCGUCGCACGCUUCUCAAACCAAUAGUACACAAAGUAAUGCUCGUAAUAGUUUGAGUGAUAACCUGAGAUUGAUGACUCCCAGAGAGUUUGAGGAUAUGCUCAUUGAAAUUUAUUGCAGGGUAUCAGAGGCGUUGAGAAGAUUAACAAUUCACCAGAAAGCAUUAUUGGACAUGUCCUUAGAUUUUGUUACGGAAUCUGAUUUUGCUAAUACCUCACAAACGGAUAUUAUAAUGACGCUUGAUAUUACCAAAUCUAUUCUAACAACAAUUGAUGUUGUGCAAACCAGGGUUUCUAAAGUUAUUGGAGUUCGACGAGAACAAACAGCUCAAAUCUCCUUGGAUUAUUUUCUACGCUUCUACUCAGUCAAUGGUCUCUUUCUUUAUGAAUGUGAAAUGAUUAAUGGCGGAAAUACAAACACAACAGCACUACAAGAUGCAAUUGGAGUUCAGACCAAACUUUUCAAUACUGCUUUCCAUUCUUCGACUCUUAAGUUAAUAUCUGAAUCUAUUGAAAAGGAACCGUGGAAAAGUGGCUAUCUUCCCAACGAAUUUCAGACUCUUUUAAACCAAGUCAUUCAAUCUGCCAAUGAAGAUCCUGAAAAAUGGAUUAAUUCACUUAAGUUUCAAUAUGAGAAUAACGUGCAAAGUGAUCCUGAAGAUAUCCAAGGCGAGGAAAGAAAAACUUUAUCCAUUGAUCAAGAUUCUUUCAUUGUACCAACAGUGGUCUUUACUAUACUAAGAUGUGUUAAAAAUUAUGAAAUGCUGAAACUUGUAUUUCCUCAACAUACUUUGUUGUAUUACUCCAAUGUAUGCGAGUUUCUGCGAUUGAUGAACGUCAAAAUUCAGCAAUCUGUACUUAAAGCAGGCGCCACACGAACAGCAGGCCUCAAACACAUUACUUCUAAGCAUUUAGUUAUUUGUUCGCAAUUGUUGAGGUUCAUUGUUCAUUUAAUCCCUCACGUCAAAAACUGUUUCUUAAGAUCUGUUAAGCAAGAAGACAAACUUCAAGUUGCCGAAGAAUUAGAUAAGAUCAAGGACCUUUUCUUUGAUCAUGAGAAUGAGAUAUUUGCCAAACUGGUUUCAAUCAUGACUGAUAGAUUUGGCACUCACUCUGCUGAGAUUAAACGAAUUGAUUGGUCUCAAAAUGUUCAGUCGGGUCAAUGCCAUAGAUAUAUGGAAAUUCUUGUGAAGGAAACCCUUACGAUUUGUAAUGUUCUUCAAACUUAUCUUCCUGAAAAUCAAUAUACCUCAAUACUGAGUGGAAUAUUCGACAACUACAAGCGACUAUUACUUGCCGAGUAUACUCAAGUUCAUUUCAAGGAUUCUAUUGAGAAGGCAAUCAUGAUGAGAGAUGUAGAUUAUUUUAGAGCCAAGCUUGGUGAUGUGGUUGGUUACAAUGACUCAGGACAGGUGAUCUGGGAGAAGAUUAAUUCAAUGCCAACAGAUGAAGACGAAAGGAUGGCAAUAGUUAUGAAUGGAAAUAUCGCACAGGAAAGAAAAUCUGUCGAGGUAGCUAGAAGCUCAUUAGAGUCGUAUAGGGCUGCCACCCCUGGUAAAUGGUUUGGAAGAGGAAAAGAAGAAAAGAUUGAAAGUAAAAAGCCAAAAGAUUCGAAAAUUAACCCUAAAGAGAGGGAGAUAGUAGAGGUUGAACAAGAUUCGAAAGAGCAGAAGAAGGAAGAAACCAAAGAACUGCCAAAGGGAGAGACGAAGGAGGAAGCCAUAGAAAAGCCAAAGGCAGAGAAAGAUGAAGAGGUUAUCGAAAAGCAAAAGGAGGAGAAGGAAGAAGAGACCAGAGAAAACUCAAAGGAGAAGAAAGUGAAUGACUCCAGUCCCCAAAUGGUUGCUGUAGAGUAUUCCACAGGUUCAGAGACUGAAAAAGUGACAGAAACAAAAGCGCAUGAUACUUCCAGUACUAUCCAGGAGGAAGAGGACGAGAAGGUUGAAAAGAAAACGCAAGAGAAUGGAGAAGAGAGCGAGCCACAGAGAAAUAAUUCUCAGAAUACCCAGGUACCUACAGCUGACGAUCAAAUCCAGGAUAGAGUAGAUAUGGAAACUGAAACAAUACAAGAAAACGGCGACGAUACAAGCUCGGUUGAUGAAGAUCAUAACCAAAAGACAGAUAUUCUUGAUGAGAAUGGGUCCGGGACCUCCAAUAUAGACAGUGAAGUUCCAGAACCACCUUCUCUUCAAUCCAGGCCACUUGAUUCAGAGUUUCAGGAACUCAAUAAAAAUGGAAAGUUAGAAAAACUAGGGUCUAAACAGACUGGUUUGAUUCAAGAAACGAAUACUGCUCCAGAAGAAGGUAAAACAGUACUGCCAGAACUGGAUGAUGAAAAAGAUAUAUCUGACAUCCAAGAUACCAGUGAACAAGCUGACAAGCAAACUUUCCUGGAAACUUCUGAAAAAGCUCCCCAGGAAACUUCCGAUGCUAACGAUCAACGUUCGUCUGUUGAGUUGACUAAAGAAGUUGAGAUUGCUCAGGAUCAAACUGUUGCAAGUUCAGAAACAGAAGGAAUAAAACAGAAUAGUUCCCCCAAGAAGAAAACGAAACCAAAGAGCAGAAAGAAAAAAGGUAGGAGAUGA